CUUUGUACUUUUUUCCUGAAUCGGACCUUGAUAUGACAAUUGUUUUGAUAUCACACUGUAAGACAGAUGGCUGGACAAAACUCGGAAAUCGAGCUUGAUUUGAUCAAAACUGGGGAGAGAAGCACGUUGGUAAAAGCUGUAACGGAGGCAUCCAGCACAGCACCUGGGAGGCUCUCGCCAAUUCCUGAGCUGGAUCUCUGGGAGAAAGAAGCAGAAACUGACUCUACAGAAUUCACAUACUCCUUAUGCUCAGUGGACAGAUACAGCACUGCCUCCUCCUCCAGCAGCUCCCUAUCUGACUCUCAGGAGAGAGGAGAACUCUGUGCCGGGAUUGUGCUGAAUUGUCUCUUCUGCCGAUUCUACGACUUGUUCCUCAUGCUACCUGAAACAUUGGAGCGAGCUGCUCACUCCAUCUGCCCUGCCUACAUGCUUUUCUCACCACCCGCAGAACCUUCGCAUAAUAACAGCUGGAACUGCAGUUGUGAUUUUGACUGUGGCCUUACAGACGCCUGCCACGAAACAGGGGAAUGUCUUGAACUAGUGAUGGAAAUUUCUGAGGUUUGCUAUCACUGAGGUCCCUGCAAAACUAAAGAUGUUGCUUUGUUGGGAGAAAACCUUUCAAUUCCACAUCACUUUGAAAUGAAAAAGUUUGUAUUUCUAUCCCAGAACACCACAGUCUAUGCCAAA